AUGGCUUCUGCAGCUGCCGAGAACGCUUCACCGAUUGGUAUUGCCAAUCUGCCCAACCAGCGACACAAGAUUGUCGCGAAGCGUGGCGCCGGCUUCACUAUUAUGGUUGCUGGUGAGUCUGGUCUGGGCAAGACUACAUUCAUCAACACUCUUUUCUCUACCACCAUCAAGAACUAUGCCGACCACAAGCGCCGCCACCAGAAGCAGGUCGACAAGACCGUCGAGAUUGAGAUCACCAAGGCCGAGCUCGAGGAGAAGUUCUUCAAGGUCCGAUUGACCGUUAUCGAUACCCCCGGAUUCGGCGACUAUGUCAACAACCGCGACUCUUGGAUGCCCAUUAUCGAGUUCCUCGACGACCAGCACGAGUCUUACAUGCUUCAGGAGCAGCAGCCCCGCCGUCAGGACAAGAUCGACCUCCGUGUCCAUGCUUGCCUGUACUUCAUCCGCCCUACCGGCCACACCCUCAAGCCUCUUGACAUUGAGGUUAUGAAGCGCCUCUGCUCGCGUGUCAACCUUAUUCCCGUUAUCGCCAAGGCCGAUACCCUCAGCCCUGCCGACUUGGCCAAGUUCAAGCAGAGAAUUGUCUCUGUCAUUGAGGCCCAGAACAUUAAGAUUUACCAGCCCCCGAUCGAGGAGGACGAUGAGGCCGCUGCCCAGCACGCCCGCAGCCUUAUGAACGCCAUGCCCUUCGCUGUGAUUGGCUCCGAGAAGGAUGUCAAGACUGGUGAUGGCCGCAUUGUUAAGGGUCGCCAGUACUCUUGGGGUGUUGCUGAGGUCGAGAACGAGGACCACUGCGAUUUCAAGAAGCUCCGCUCCAUCCUGAUCCGAACACACAUGCUCGACCUCAUCCACACCACCGAGGAGUUGCACUACGAGGCCUACCGUGCGCAGCAGAUGGAGACCCGCAAAUUCGGCGAGGCCCGUCCCCGAAAGCUCGACAACCCCAAGUUCAAGGAGGAGGAGGAGGCCCUCCGAAAGCGCUUCACCGAGCAGGUCAAGAUCGAGGAGCAGCGUUUCCGACAAUGGGAGCAGAAGCUCAUCUCCGAGCGCGACCGUCUCAACAAGGAUCUCGAGCAGACCCACGCUCAGAUCAAGCAGCUCGAGCAGGAGUUGGAGCAAAUGCAGGGCAGCGCUGUCCGCAGUCACGGUCGCCGUUAA